AUGGCGUCGGCGUGCUUCAACGAGGGCUCGAGCGACUUUCGCAGGGGCGUCGACAAUGAGUUCAUCAACCUGCCCCAUGAUAUUUCGAAGAAUACUCGCCAGAGACGCAAGACGACUUUGAAAAAACACGAUUAUCGUCACCGUUAUGAAGAACGCUCGUUGGAGAUAUUAGGCUCCAAUCUUGGUGGAACCAUGCAGCUGACGAUGGAGUUGGAGAGGUUGGCGCGCAUCUUCUUUUUGUUGGCGUUGUUAUCUGCCUUCAACUCCAUCGAUUGGUCGAUGGCUAAAAACAUCCGUCACCCUGAUCAUCAUAUGCAUGUCGGAGUGAUUCUUGAUAUGGAGUCGCCAGUUGGGGAGAUGGCCCAAAAAUGCAUGACCAUGGCCAUCUCUGACUUGAAUGCUACGCCCUCGCAAAAUAACCAUCCCCUGAAGUUGAUUCUGCAUCCUAGGAAUUCCAUGGGACAGCCUCUUAAAGCUCUAUCUUCAGCUGUGGAGCUUUUGGAGAAUGAACAAGUUGAGGCACUUAUAGGCCCGCAAACAUCUGAAGAAGCCGAGCUUCUGGGAGAACUGGGAGAUAGAGUGCCUAUCAUCUCCUUUUCUGCCAGUUGCCCAUCCUUGUCCAGAGAGAAAAAUCCAAACUUCAUCCGAAUGACUACUAAUGAUAACUCCCAGGUUGGAGCCAUUGCUGCUCUAGUUCAAAAAUUCGGGUGGAGAGAAUUGGUCAUAAUACAUGAGGACAGUUCCUAUGGAAAUGGAAUCAUACCCGAUCUUCUUCUCGCAUUACAUGAAGGCAAUGCUCGUGUAGCGCAUCGAACCGUCAUUCCACCACAAGCCAGGGACAUAUAUGUAGAAGCCCAACUUUAUAGACUGAUGGCUCUGUCUGCCAAUAUAUUCAUCAUCCACAUGUCUCCUUCCCUCGCAUCUCGGUUUUUUAUUAAGGUUAAUGAGUUGGGAAUGAUGAGUACAGGCUAUGGUUGGAUUGUGACUGAUGGGAUAGCAAACGAGCUGUCUGUGAUGGAUCAGUCGGCUUUAGACUCGAUGCAAGGAGUCAUUGGAAUUAGACCUUAUAUUCCACCCUCAAAGCGGCUUCAUAACUUCUCGCUGAAGUGGAGGAACAGCUUUUUCACAAACCAGCAUCAUCAAAUUCCUGAAGUAAAUGUGUAUUGCUUAUGGGCUUAUGAUUCUGUCUGGGCUUUAGCCACAGCAGCACAUCAUUUAGGUGUUAGUAUAUAA